AUGCAGGCAGACAAAGAGAAAAUACUGACAGAUAUAUGUUAUCUUUCAAAAGAUCCCGGGGAUUGCAAAGCAUCCUUCCCAAGUGUGUACUUCGACAGCGAGUCGGGAAAAUGCGAAGAAUUCAUUUAUGGUGGGUGUGACGGAAAUGGGAACAGGUUCAAAUCUUUCGACGAAUUCAUUUAUGCAGCCGUUGAGGAGGUUAGAGAUAUAUGUAGACUCCCACCAGACUACGGUAACGGAAACAGUCACAUCGCACAAUUUUUCUUCAACGCCUCAACCGGGUCGUGCGAGGCGUUUAUUUAUAGUGGCUGUGGUGGGAACGCGAACAGGUUUACCACUUUCCGAGCGUGUGAACAGAAAUGCCUCAGGUAG